CCCGGAAAGAUGUUCUGUCAACAGGAACGGUGUUUUAUCAACUUUCAUACCAGAAGCUUGUUAAAUUUUAAAGAGGUUAUGAAGUUUGAGAAUCGUCACAAAAGUUAUCAAACUUUUCGGAUGAUGCUUAUUAGUCGGAGGCAUACAGUAUAUGGAAAUAAAUAUAAUUAAAAAACGUUAUUUCUUUUAAGCCAAUAUUGUAUCACGUUUUAAUUGUGACACUUAUCAAAAUGGCAAUACAAGAAGAAGGCAAGACGUGGGUACUGGAAUUAGAAGCAGCAUUGCUUGAUACGGAAGCACCGUCUGCCUCUGACAUAUAUGCAAUUUGUAAAGGUCAAGCAGUUCCGGAAGAUCUAAGACCAGAUGUUUGGCAAGCAUGUUUAAAUGUUACAGAUCGAGGUAAUCAACUAAGUCAGUUCAAUGAAGUCUUUGAUUUGCCAGAACAAAAUAUUAUACGAGAUGAUUGUCAAGAAUUUGUUGCAAAACUUGGAAAUGAUGAUGAAGAUAAGGUUUUUGUUGUUUCUGACUUGGAAUCAAUUAUAACAUAUUACUGUAAAACUAAGGUGGCACAAUAUGAGAGAGGAAAUGGUUGGUUAGAAUUAUUAGGUCCAUUGGUAGCUCUAAAAUUACCACGUUCCGCAACAUAUAAUUUAUUUGAGGCAAUAAAAGAACUAUAUAUACCAAGAGGUGAAAUAUACAGUUCUGUAUUGCGACUUUUGUUGUUAUACCAUGAGCCAGAAUUGUGUUCUUUUUUGGAUACAAAAAGGGUAUCACCUGAUCAGUACACAAAAGGUUGGGUGAAUACUUUAUUCGCUGGUGUAUGUUCCUUGCCAGCAGUGUGUACAAUGUGGGAUUUAUAUUUUAUGCAAGCUGAUCCUUUUUUCAUGUUGUUUCUUUCUCUUAUAAUGGUAAUAAAUGCAAGAGAACAAAUAUUAAGCAUGAAAGAUGAUGAUAAACAAAGUAUAAUAGAUGCCAUAUCAAUGAUGCCAUGUGCUUUGGAGGCUGAAGAUGUAACAGAUUUUUGUUCAUUAGCACAAUAUUACGCAAUGAAAACGCCAUCAUCGUUUAAACAUGAUCUGUACCCUAUAAUGUUUGGUGAUAAUUAUGAAAAUAAAUUGAUAUCGCAUGCUUUAUGUUUACCAGUAUCGGCUCAAGAAUUAGUAGAAAAUGCAAUUGAAACUUCGUCCGUGUCUAAUAAUUCUGUUGAAUCGGUUAGAUUUUUUUUAGUGGACUGUCGACCUGCAGAACAAUAUAACGCAGGGCAUUUGCCAACUGCAUUUCAUUUAGAUUGUAACUUGAUGCUUCAAGAACCAUCUGCAUUUGCUACUGCGGUACAAGGAUUAUUACAAGCACAACGUCAAGCAUUAGCUGUUGGUUCGCACGCAGGAGGAGAACAUCUUUGCUUUUUAGGUAGUGGUAGACAAGAGGAAGAUCGAUAUACUCAUAUGGUAGUGGCUUCUUUUUUACAAAAACACACUCAAUAUGUGAGUAUGGUUACUUUAGGGUAUCAAGCAAUACAUGAAUAUUUUGGAGAUGAAGUGGUUUCCAGUUUGGUCGAUCAUAAUUCACAACAUUGUUUGGUAUGUAAUGCCAACAUGUCUGAGACUAAUUCAAACGAAGCAAGUCCAGAUAAAACGAAAAACAAUAAUACUGAUCUUUUUGGUAAGAUUGGUAUGGUAAUGAGAUUAAAGAGUCAAAAAGUGAAAGGGAAACUUUUCGAUUAUAUUGUUAAUCCUUCUGCGAGUGUUAAUAGCAAUAUGGAUAUAAAGGGUAAUAAAGAUUUAGAAUACAUUAGACGAUCAAGAAAAACGGCACCUGUUUUUAGUAUAGAUGAUGAUCAAGAACUAGAUAUGACAAUGACCAAUAAUGAAAGUGAAGAACCUAUUGAAGUUGUAUCUAUCCAGCAAUGGAUGAAAGAUCCUAAAUUAUUACAUUCCUUCAAGUGUCAAGAAGUUAAAGUUAAUGGAGAUCUUUGCGAUAGUUUAUUGUUAAUUACUGAUAGCCAUCUCAUUGUACUCCGUGAGAUACAAGAACGUAAGGGUGCAGCACACGUAAUCGUUAAACGUCCAUUAACUAGUAUUGUUAAAAUAACAUCUAGAAAACGACAUUCAGACCUAAUUACUUUCAAAUAUGGUACUACACAAUAUAAUGAUACAGUGAUUUCUGAUAUGGAUAAAUUUCUUAUACCUAAUGCAAGUGAAGCAACUAAAUUAAUCACACAACAAAUUCUAAAACAAUUGAAAACAUCUAAUGUAAGUUCUAAAUGAGUACAAUAAUUGAAUUAUAGUAUAUUACUUUAAUUGCAGAAGGAAUUCAUUUAAAUAUUUUUAAAGUUUUUAAUUUAUCUUAUAUAAAUAUAAAACAUGAAUGUUUAUCUGCUUAAUACAAUAUAUAUUUAUUUUAAUAGUUAACAUAAUAAAGUUUAUAAGGUACUACAAAGUCGGUAGACCGCGAUAACAUUUAUAAUUAAUGAUAACGAAAUUACAUAAUUUUUUUUGUUAAAUUCAUAUUUCAUACAUCAAAACAAAAAAAAAUCUAGACUUUUAUUCUAUCAUAGGGAUAACUUGUGUUGUGAGCUAAUGGCCCAAGUCUAGUCAAAAAUUUGUCAUGUUGUACAUUAUGCAGAAAACAUAAGGUUUAUUUCUAAUAAAUCAUUAUAAAUGGGACACAAGAAAAUAUGUCCAUAUAAUAUGAGAUUUUAUAUUUGACUAUAACAUUUAAUGGCUUUCAUAUAAUCAUCUUGCCUUUAACAAUGUUAACACAUAUACAUUUUAUAUUUAUAUUUGAAGUAUGCUAUAUGAAAAAACAUAUUUCAUUUCAUUUCUUGGAAAAUUAUAUAAACUGGCUGUGAUAGAAACUAUGGUUCUAUUAAUAGACUUUUAGCAAGCUUUCAAUGCAUAAUGUACAUAUAAGACUGAGGGCUUAACAUAUUU